AUGUCUGUACCUCCCCAUUGUGUUUUCACAAAUGUUGGUGCACACUCUCCUUGUGGUUGUGAGUUGAUGAAAGAGGCAACUUCAAAUGCACUGGUAUUAAAGCAAGCAUACUUGUACCAGUCCCUCAAGCAAGCUUUGUCUGUUCUUUUCCUUCGUCCUGGUUUUGAAGAGCAAAUCUGUCACUGGAACACAGAGCUUAAGAUUGUCAAUACUAUGUGCGACAUAUAUAAUAAAGCAAUGUGGAAAAAGCUGAAGGAUGCAAGUGGCAUCUUGUUCGUUGCUUGUCCUCACUCAUUGAUGUUGAUACUCAACAUAGACUGGUUCCAGCUGUUCAAUGGAGUUAGUUACUCUUCUGGUGCAAUUUACUUAGUUUUCAAGCCUGAGAACACAAUUCUGGUUGGUCUGAUGCCUGGUCCCAAGGAGCCAAGAUGCGAGGAGAUAGAUAACUAUCUCAAGCUUAUGGUAGACAAGAUAAAACAGUUGUAUAUUGGAAUGCGAGUCCCAACCUAUGAGUGUCCUUCUGGUGCUAAUGUCUCCCACAAUAGUACAUGUGCAUGCUACAAGUAUACAACCCAGUUUCUCAGAUUGCCCAACACAAAUCAGGUGGACUUCAGUAGAUUCGAUUACUCUCUUUGGAUUAUUUGUAGUGGUGUAGGGAACAGGUUGCAUGCUGAGGAGUGGAAGAGUACAAGUACACCCUCAGAAAGGCACCAGCUGGAGGUCGAAUAUGGUGUUAAAUGGUUGCAGUUGCAACGCCUUGGAUACUUUGAUCUAGUACGUGGAACGAUCAUUGAUCCCAUGCAUAGUUUAUUUCUGGGGACGCCAAAGAGAAUGAUGGACCAGUGGGUCGAUAAGAAAACAAUUGGAGCCAAAGAGUUUGCUACCAUGGAAAAAAUUGCAGAGACAAUGGUCCUUCCAAGGGAUUAUACAAAGCUGAUAUCGAAGAUUGGAAAAGGCUUUCCUUAUAUGAAAGCUGACGACUGGAAAUCCUGGGUACUGCCAAGCAUCGCAUUUGAUAAAGUGAAAAGCGCCCAUGACUAUCUGGAAAUGUUUUGCAAAAAGGCUACCAAACUCUACACUCCCACCAUCCUCACCUGCAACAUACACCUGCACCUCCAUCUUUGCGAGACCAUUCGUGAUUUUGGACCUGUGUAUGGUUACUGGCUCUUUGGAUUUGAGAGAUAUAAUGGCCUGUUGAAGCAUAUCAAGACAAAUGAAAAAGAUAGUUUUGAGGCAACAUAUAUGAGAAGUUUUAUUCAAAACGCAUUCAAGGAUGACUAUGUCAAUGCUGUUCUGAAAAGUUCUAGCUAUGUCCUCUUUUUCAACAUUUUCUCAAAGCUUUCUCCGAAAGUCAUACCUACCACCACAGUCAUUACCCUCUCCUCCCAUCCAUUCCGAUUGCAAUCAUUCUUACUUGCAUUGUCCAACCCACAUCUUCCUCCAAAGGCUAAAAAAAUCAUCACUGAUGGAUGA